AUGGCUUCUGGAGGAUUCUCUGUAUACGGUGAGUGAAAUACCCAAAUCAACGGCUUUUUGUGCAAAUUACGCUCACAUUUCCUCCGAAAUUCACCGAAAAUUGCAUCAAAAUUCAAAUUCUGCAAUCCUAAAAUCCUAAAAAUUUUGCAACAUGAAUUUUAACCCAUUUCAAACAUGUCCCUUCAAAACCAGCUUGUCUUCUUAGUGUCUUCCAUCGGCCUUCGUUCUCUAUGGUUCAUUCGUGUUCCUUGAAAACAAAUCCCGAUAUUUCAGGUAGUUCCACACGUAUAGUAACCGUCGUAGUAAACUGAGAGCGGGAUAUCGGGAACACGAGACGUACAGUGUCUAAAAUGCGGAUCGACACCCUCGGAGACGGAUGUUCUACGUUCAACCUGCGCUGAGCCACGCACAUUACUGACGAAAGUACGGGUGAUGAGACUUUUGAACUCGGUCUCCGUAGUUUAGGCUAGGCUAGGGUGCAUUUGCUAUGUGAGCGUGCAUUGUAAGUGUCCUCUAACUUUAUGCAUUCCCCACAUUCCCGAAUAAUCAUUGUUUUUCAGUCGGAAACGUCCCAUACCAGGGAACCGAGCAGGAGAUCGGACAGUACUUCAGCGCUGUCGGACAGGUCAACACCGUCAGAAUCGUCUAUGAUCGUGAGAGCGGGCGCCCGAGAGGAUUCGCUUUCGUCGAGUUCGCCGAGGAGUCUGGAGCUCAGAGAGCCGUCGACGAGCUGAACGGACAGUCCUUCAACGGCAGAAACCUUCGCGUCAACUACGCCAACAAGUAA